UACUAAACCUGACCUACAGAGCUCUCUGCUAUUUAAAUCAUGCAUUUUUAUCACCUUCUCGACGGAAGUGAUGCAAGACGCACUGACGUGGCCGGAAACCCGACAUCUUGAGGGAGGAAACGCCUCGAAGUUAAGGAGGAAACUUAAACUUUUCAGUGGAGUGAAAAAGGCAUCUCUCAAACAUGGGCAACAUAUUCACAAACCUCUUUAAAGUCUUUGGCAAGAAAGAGAUGAGGAUUCUUAUGGUGGGUCUUGAUGCUGCUGGAAAGACAACGAUUCUGUACAAGCUGAAGCUUGGAGAAAUUGUUACCACCAUCCCAACAAUAGGCUUUAACGUUGAAACUGUGGAGUACAAGAAUAUAAGUUUCACAGUUUGGGACGUUGGUGGUCAAGAUAAGAUUCGACCAUUGUGGCGUCAUUAUUUCCAGAACACACAAGGUCUGAUCUUUGUGGUUGACAGCAAUGACAGAGAGCGUGUGAAUGAAGCACGAGAGGAGCUGAUGAGAAUGUUGGCUGAGGAUGAGCUCAGGGAAGCAGUCCUGCUAGUGUUUGCCAACAAACAGGACCUACCGAAUGCCAUGAAUGCUGCAGAAAUCACAGAUAAGCUGGGGCUGCAUUCGCUUCGGCACAGGAACUGGUACAUUCAGGCAACGUGCGCCACAAGCGGCGAUGGGCUCUAUGAAGGACUCGAUUGGCUGUCUAACCAACUGAAAAACCACAAAUAAUGACUUCACUGUACUGCUCUUCCUUCCUUAGUUUGAUAUUCUCAACACUUGCUUUACUCUUUUGUUUUUAAACAAACGGUGCUGGAAGCUGCACUCAUUUUAAACCUGAUUGUGGACGAAUAGGUCCCUACAGCAGGAAAAAGUGUUACUCACUUAAUGUAAAUAUUUAUUUUAUUUUUUAUUUUUUUUUGUGAGGCAGCUUUUUGAGCACCAUUAUGCAAAAUACAUUUAGUCCUUUAUUCCUUUUCCUCCCCUUCCCUGUCCUCCCCAUUUUUUUUCUGAGUCAUUGGAAAGAGUUUUAAGAACGUUAGUCCUGUAAACUGUCAGGUCUCAUUUGAAUCUUGCACAUGUAUUAUUUUAUUGUGCUUAUAAUAAGACUCUCUUUUAGAUGUACUGUAAACAAAGCUGUUUUGUUUGUCUUGAACAGAGUACAGGAAAUCAAACAUUAUGGACACUACCUGAACAUAUUAUGGUUCAAUUUUGAGGAAGAGAAACCAAAAUGAUUACAAGGUCUUCUCAGCCAAGGCUGACGAAAGCUCUUAGCUUUACUGUCAUGAUACUUUAGGAGCCACAGAGGAGUGAUGCCUUUAAGUAAGAAGUUAGAUACACAAAGAUUCUCAUAUGAACUUUUUUCUUUUUUUUUUUUUUUAAUAAUCAGAUUCUCAAUUCACAACAUAUGUUUUUUGUGAAUAUGAAUGAGAAAAAUUGGUGCGGCUCAGGUUAACAUAGGUUUGAACAGUAAUGAUCAUUUUCAAGGGGAUUGGAGGUUGUUCCAUGAAGAUAUGACAAUAUUAAAAAAAAAAGAAUUGUCCUACAAAAAUAGGCUUCAUUUUCUUUAUGUGAAAUAUUACAUGUAAGUAUUGGGGGGGGGGUGAAAUAUCCCUUGUGCAUGUAUUUUUUCAUUUUUUGACAGUUUUUAACUUUGUUUUCUGGAUUUAGGAAUAAACAACCCCAACCUCAUCUAAGCACAUGAUAACUUGAAAUCAGUAGUGCAUUUUUUGGAUUUAAGACAUAAAACAACUAUUAGAAUGUUGGCAUGUUAAUAUCAAUGACAAUUGUUUGAGCUUUCUGUUUUGCUUGUAGAAGACAUUUUCCCCCAGAGAAGCCCUGGUGCCUUUACAGUCUGCAGAGACUCCUGUUUGAGAUUAACAACCUUCAUGACCACUCACAUGGUCACUGUUAAUGCAUUGUUAGAGCUAAUGGUUUAAAAGACAAUUUAUUCUUUUAUUCUCUCUUUCUCUUCCCAGUUAACCUCUGAUUUGGUAGACACUGAUUACUUGGGGGUUGGAACUAUGUGAAUAUCUUAGCAAAACAUUGUAUAGUGUGACUCCUAACCUAUGUCUUUUUUAUUGUUUUUCAUUUUGACAAAUGCACUGUAAUUAAAAAUAUUAGUAUAACUGGA